AUGAUUAACUAUAAUUCCAAUGAAAAUAAUUUACAUAAAUGGCGUCGAAUAACAAAACGUAUUAUACAAUUCUUUCGAUUUAUUAAAAUUCCAGUACUUCGUGUACGUUUUCUUAAUCGAAUUAAUCAAUUUACAUAUAAAGAACUGACUGAUUAUGAUACAAAUAAAACACAUGAAGAUUUACUUUUCUUAGAUGAUAUUAAACGUUAUCAAGAAGUUUUCAAUACAUUUAUAUCAUUUGGUUUUGUUUGGCAAGAUAAAGAAUUUCAUCUAGCAAAACUUAAAGCCAAUUACAUUUAUGAUUAUUAUAUAUCCACACCUGAAGCAAUUGCAAAAACAAAUAUUCCAAUAGAUACAAUUUCAUUUAUUUCGAAUCGAAUCAAUUCAUCUAGAAUAUUUUCAUCAUUGAUUUAUUUGAAUUUAUUCAAUGAUGCUGAAAAAUUUCUUAUGGAAAAAUUAUUGAUGAUUUAUAUGCGUGAAGAUUUAAAUUGUUUUACUAUCAUAACAAAAAAAUUAUCAAUACCUAUUUUAAAUCAAUUUACAACUGACGAAAAAUCAAAAUCUAUACGUUCGAAUAUUAAACCUCAAUAUGAUGAAAUAAUGAUACCUAAUUGGACUUAUUCAACUGGUUUAGGGUUUGUUUAUAAUCCAGUUCGAGAGAAAAAUAAAAAAUUAAUUAAAAGAACUAUUCGAAAAACAACAAAAGAUGUUGAUUCAAUGAUAAAACUCAAUCAUAAUCCUUCAAAUGAAAUAAAUUUAUUGAAUUCAACAUUACCUACUUCCUUAAUAAGUAUUGAUCAUUCAUCAAAACCUAUUUCUUAUAAUAAUCAACAAGAUAUUAAAAAUCCUAAUACACGAAGAAAUUCAUCUUCAUAUGGCUAUCGAUCACAACAUCUCUGGCCUCAAAAUUGUCGUUUAAAUAUACAAGAAACCGAUGUAAAACAAUGCAGGUGUUCAUUUUCCAUCGAUUAUGAAACACAAACAACUUACAUUUUCUUAGAAGCUGAUACUUAUAUGCACCAUCUGUAUAAUUCUCUUGGAACAACUUUACCUAUAACUAGAGUGUCGCUUACGAAUGCUUUCAGCGGGAAUUAUCAUUGUAUAUUAUAUCCAGUUGUUACAUAUCCGACUUUUGCAUUAUGGAUGAAAUCCAUCGCCUUCUUCUAUUAUUCAGCACCAUGA